CCAAGUCCCCCCAGGAGUAAGUCCAAGGGUGCGCCUCGCAAGGCGCCCGCCGUUGCCGCUUCUAGGAUUCCAGCGGGUAGCACGGUGACAGGAGCGCUUCCUCCUGUCACCACGCAUGUUAGGCCCCCAGUCACUAGAGCGCGGGCUGCUGCGCGCGCAGCAGUUCGCGCUUCCCCUCCCGCUGCCACUUCUGUUCAAACAGUGCGGCUGCCUCCUUCACCUAUGCUAGUUUCCCGCAGCUCCCCUCCACAAAAUGCUCGCAGGCUGCGCUCUGCGCAGACUGCUCCUGCCCCUUCAGUAACCCAGCACACUGGGGCACGCAGUACACGGCAUACAGCCGUAACACAGCAGCAGGUGGCCCCAGUUUGUUCCUCUGCGGACAGUUCCCCCGCCCAUAUGUCAGGCAGCAAUAACUCUGGGGUUGGGGGGUUUCCUACAGCUAUGCAGGCUUUCCACCAUGCUGCCGCUUUACCCACCACUCACAGCACCCCUCUUUCACAUGCUACCCUAGCUGGCCGUGGCUCGGCAUCUCGGGGGGCUGACACGCGUAUUCGCAAUAGCCCCACUAGUGGUCAUAGGAACAGAGGCGAACGACCCCCUAGGGAUACCAGGGGUAGGCGAGGUUCACGGGUCCAAUCCCCAGUACCCUCCUGUUCUUCCGCAUGGGAGUCUCCGAGGCCAUACUCCCCCUCCUCUUCCUCAAGAGGGAGUUCAGAGGAUCGACAGGGGAGCAAGCGUCGCAGAACACAUCAGGGUUCCAACCGGUUUCACAGCUCGUGCCGGGAUGACACCACCUCUCUUCAGCGGAGUCGGGAUGCUGCUACACCCUUGCCUUCAAGAUCGGUGGCAGAAAUUCCGGGAUUUAGUCCCAGAGGCGGAGUCCCGCGGACAGGAGUGCCCAACAACCUUAUGGGAGAUAGUGGAGCGCAGCUUAUGAACAUGGUCCGAACUUCGGUGGCUCCAGCCACUUGGGCGGCGCAUGGGCAUCUGCGUGCGACGGUUUGGAUGGUGGGCCAUUCCUAUAUUCGGCGGGCUGAACAGAGAGCGGCAUUUCGUCCAGGAGGAGACACUUUGGGUUUUACAGGGGUACAGUUUCAAUGGCGUGGCAUUGGCGGUUUGCGGUGGUUGCAGAUCUUACCAGAAGUAGUGGCAAUCAGCAGGGUUACACCGCCCCCGGUCAUAUUGGUCAUUCACGCCGGCGGCAACGAUCUAGGCAGGGUACGGGUAGCGGAGCUGUUGUCCCUCAUCAGGUCUGAUGUGGGCAGGUUUAACGCAUUUUUCUCGGAUAUGGUCUUAGUUUGGUCGGAAAUCGUUCCCCGGCUCUGCUGGAGGGGGGCGAGAGACCCGGGUGCUAUUGAGAGAGCCCGGCGCCUUCUUAAUUCCCGGAUUUCCCGCUUUGUUCGCGACAGGGGGGGUAUUGUAGUUCGCCAUAGACUAUUGGAAGGUAUUGAUCAGGGCCUCAUGUUGCGAGAUGGCGUCCACUUGAAUGAUAUCGGCCUUGACAUUUUUCUUGCUGGUUUACAGGAUGGUAUUGGUGCUGCUCUUGUGCGUUUGGGUGGGGGUCGGAGUCCCGUGUAGGUGUACAGGUACUCCUCCGUGGCGGGGUAAAAGUGUCCUUGCCAUUGGUUAUCCAGACGGUAUUUGGAAUGACCUACAUGCCCACCGCGGCUGCGGUGGCUGGCAUUUGGAAAUGAAUGGUUGGUAAAUUAAUGGCAAGUUUUUUCUGUGUACGGUAUGAAUAAGAAUCUGUUUAAAUAAAAGCUGUGGCCGACCCUAACCCACUAAAAGGAA